AUGAAUGACGGUACAUUCUUCAUUCGUGGAGAGAAGGUUCCCUCGCGAAAUGUAGGCGGUGUUGGUUUUGUUGUGCACCCAUCUGUCGUCCAUCUCGUCGAUUCUCGCGAGAUCCUGUCACCUCGUCUGGCCAUUCUUCGCCUCCGUCCUCUGCGCCAAAAAUUCAUCAGUAUCAUCAACUGCUAUUCACCAACAUCAGCAGCUGAUGAUUCCGAAUUGGACGCGUUUUACGAGGAGCUGGAGGAUGUAGUCCGCAACGAGAAGCCCUUUUACAUAUUCGUUGUCGGAGACUUCAACGCAAAACUAGGAAAGGCCACAGAAGAGGAAUACAGGAUUGGAAGAUUUGGAUUAGGGCACCGGAAUGAAAAUGGCAAUCGUCUCGCUGGGCUGUUGUCUGCCUCUCGCCUCUUUCAUGGGAACUCUCUUUUCAUGAAAAAAGAUCAUCGUCGGUGGACAUGGGAAUCGCCCAAUGGCGCGACUCGUGCGGAGAUCGACCACAUACUCACCAACCGGAGGUGGUGUCUACUUGACGUCUCAGUAGUACCAUCCUUUUGUAGUGGUUCUGAUCACCGUCUCCUUCGUGCGAAAAUACGACUUAGCCACACGAUGGGAAAGAAAAUCUGCUAUCGGCAACGAAAGAGAAAAGGUGUCGUCUACGACGAUUGCGUUCUCGAGGACUCCUUGUCCCAAGGUGACUGGCACAUCGAGGAAGAUCCAAACGUGGACUACGAGAUGCUGCUCAGAGGAUUACGAGCCUGUGCUGAACGUGCCUCGAAGUCGCGCACGACAAACUUGGAUCGAAUUUCGAAGACCGCCAAGGAAUUGUUAGGAAGAAGAAGGGCUUUGAGGCUUGAUCCGAAUGCAUCGCACAUUGAGCGGUUAGUAGCAAACAAUAGCUGCAGAAAAGCGUUGCAGGAGGAUCUUUUGAAGUACAGGCAGAAGAAGAUUCUAGAAGCAGCACAAAGAAGAACGAGUUUAAAGAAGUGCCGCAGGGAUCUCCGCGAAUACAAUAUUCCGCUAGCAACCUUGCUGAGCGAAGACGGGACUCGCACGUCUUCGCGUCGUGAGAUGGAAAUCAUUACGGAGAGGUUCUACUCGAACCUUUUCCGUUCAUCAACUCCUGUGUCAAGACCAAUCAUCCCCUGGCACAGCACAUGGACCUGA